GCAAAAGUUGAAACUUAUUCCAAAAAUAUACUAUAGAUCUAACAGAUACACCCAGAAUACACAGAAACAUAAUGCCUGCACCUACUGCCUUGAAGAAAGAAUCGAAUCCCUUUGAAAUACCCUCUCAAAGCCAAACAACACAACAGAAAAAUGACAAUAUUAAUAUAAAUGGCGAGGAUGAGAUAUUGAUAGAUGUGAAUCCUAUUGGAGCAGAGGAGGAUAAAAUACUUUCUGCUGAAUCAAAACCCCUCAAGAAAUCUUCAAAACAUAUAAUAAUUGACGAGUCUGGAAAACCAAGAUUUGAUUCGACAAGUCAAGUAGCUCAAAAAAUUAAAAUUGAAAAGAGAGUGAUUCAUAUUCCACCUCAUAGAAUGACUCCCUUGGAGAGCUGUUGGCCCAAAAUCUAUACGCCAGUGGUUAAUAAUCUCAAAUUGCAAAUUAGAAUGAAUUUGAAAUCAAAAGCUGUGGAGGUCAGAACGUGCAAAUUAACAACAGAUUUAAGUGCAUUACAAAAGGCUUCUGAGUUCAUUAAAGCCUUUACUUUGGGAUUCGAUAUUGAUGAUGCUGUUGCUUUAUUAAGAUUGGAUGAUUUGUAUAUUGAAACUUUUGAAAUCAAAGACAUUAAAACAUUGCAUGGUGAUCAUUUAUCCAGAGCCAUUGGUAGAAUUGCUGGUAAAGAUGGAAAAACCAAAUUUUCUAUAGAAAAUGCUACUAGAACCAGAAUAGUUUUAGCUGAUAAUAAAAUUCAUAUGCUUGGUGGUUACAAUCAUAUUAGAAUGGCAAGAACUGCAAUUGUAAGUUUGAUUUUGGGUAAACAACCAGGAAAAGUUUAUGGAAAUCUUAGAACUGUUGCAGCAAGAUUGAAGGAAUCUUAUUAAGUUUAUUAAUUUUUGCUUCAUUUUUAAGGAUUUAUAUAAUAUUAAAUAAUACAAUUUGGG